AUGUUUUGCUUACUAUUCGCUCUGGUUUGCAUCACCGGCGGGUUGGAAUGGAACGUACAAGCCGCAGAGACGACCUCGAAGAGUAAGCCGCCUCAAGACUCAGUUGGCACGAUAUUCGAGAUAUUGCAGUAUACUUUCAUAAAGGAAACUACUGCUGAAAACUCCUCGACAGCCUACUACCGGUUUUGCACUUCCACUUCGGGCUCAUCAGGUAGGCGCAGUCCCCGAGUUUCCGUCAACCUUAUGUUCUACUUGAACCCAAAUUGGGCUGUUUUCCAGACAGCCCACGACUGGCUGUCGAAGAGUUUUCAGCAACCCUCACACCUGUCAACAAAUUCAGGCAAACCUUCGGCGCACCUACUACAGGGAUUUGCCAAUCAAGGAGGCUUGACGUGUCCGCGCCUCUACACUGAUCGCGGUUUCCGUGGACAAUGGUCCGAUGUGUGUUCAAGCAACGAAUAUCCCUUGUACGAAGUUAUCUUUAACACCAAUUCGGUUUGUGUUCCGUCAGGACAAUGGUGGAAUCAGCAAACGGUUUGGAUACUGUUCGAGCAAUCAUUCCAUUUUUCCACUAGAGAACCCCAGUUUGAAGGCUCUUACGUAGUUCUAUCUGCGGGCGAUUGUAUUCGUGGACUUAAACGAUUUCUCAACACUGUUGGAUCGGUUUUGAAGUGCACGGCGACCAACUCCAACCUGGCCUGCAUAUUCCCCCCGAGGCCGUGGCGACAGUUCGUACCACAAAGCGAAAGUACUGUCACUGCACAAGCCAGAAACAUUGCAGCUUCAAGCAGACAACUUGGUCGUAAGAAGUCAAUGAGACAGUCCUCACUUGGCCAACAGCCCGGACAACAACAGGAUCCCCAAACAAAAUUCGGAUCAGGCAACCUUGACUCCGUGAAGAAAAGUGGUGUGGAGUGGAAGGGCAGGGAUGGGUGA